AUGAACUCACUAGGCGGUCAGUUUCAAUGUGUUAUUCUUCUCGUUAGUGGCCGUGGAGAAGAGACAAUUACGUCCACAUCUCAGUCUGUGGCCGUCGUGCUGCCAAUGGAAUUAACACAAUCAUCCACGCCACUCUGCGAGUCGGUCGCCAUUCACAUUCGUGAUUUCUGCGCCUUACACGAUAUCUCCUGUGUGGAUUGGGGCCACGACACUAGCGCACUUCUCACCGCCUGUGCAGAGCGUACAGAUACAUACACACAUGUCUCUCUGCUCCGCUGUGAAGAUGCGGCGAUUGCGAGUGUGCGGGAAGAAUUGUUGGCGCAGCGACGACCCGCCGUGUUGAUUGUGCAGUUGGCGUGUGAGACUGCCGUGCCGUGCGGUAGAGAUGAACUGCAGUACAAUACUGUUCCCAAUUGUGUAGAUGCUGCAGUUGCGGUGAAUCCCAAUGAUGAUAAGCGGCGUUGGGGUUGGCUGCGGCCUGUGCAGAGCUGCAUGGCUGAGCUGCCGGGCUGUAGAGGUGUGUGCCUGGCGGCUCUACUCCACUCGGCCCUUCCACUGCUGCGUGCACGAGUCGCUACGCCGCCGCCGAAGUGGACAACGGCUGCCGUUACAAUGGACGGACUGCUGCGGGAAGUGGGAUAUAAAGUGGGAUGCUUGCCAAAGUAUGGAUCCUAA